UCCAUAAUUGAGUUGAAAAUCUCCAAAGCCACCCAAAGAAAAGAAGACUUUUAGAUAAGGUUAUGUUGUUGGUCUUCUCACUAGAGCUAAAGAGAAACAUUUUCAAAGGGGAAGGAAGAGAGAGUGGUUAAAUGGAUAGAGACAGAAAGAAAGUGAAAACGGAGAAGGAAGAAGACGAAGAAGAAAAGAUAGAUAAGUUGUACACAUUUCUUAAAAACGCAAGGGAAAUGCGGAAAUACCUGAUUAGCUCCAUGGAGAAGAAGAGACAGGAAGAAGAAAGAGCGAGGGUUCGUAGAUUCCCUUCGUUUCAGCCUGAGGAUUUCAUUUUCAUGAAUGAAACAGAGGCCAACAACAAAGAAAUAGCAGCUGAUACGAGCUCUUCAGCAUCCAACGAGUACGGCUCUAAGGAAAAGCAAGACGGAUCUGGGACUGACAUUUGUUUAGACUUGAAUCUUUCUCCGUAGUACACAUGAGACAGAGAGCUCUUCGGUCUCUGUACAUGCAACAAAGAAUGUUAAUAACUAUGUACCAAAACAAAGUUGCCUUUGGAUUCUCGUUUGUCUUGAAGAGAGAUCUGUAUUUACAAAACAAACUAUGUAAUCACACUUUUCUCUGACAUCUAAUUAGAAAAGUUCCUUGCCUCA